AUGGGCCUGGGUGACCCUGACUCUGUCGGUGCCACCCACAAACCAAUACCUGCAGGCUCGGGCUCGGGGCCCGGGCCAGGCCACUUUCACCUGGCACACCUCCUCAGUACACUGGCCCAGAGCAACCAAAACGCAGAGCAGAAGAAAGGACCGCCGGAAGUGACGUGCCAAGUUCGAAAAAAGACUCGAACCUUGUAUCGCUCGGACCAGCUGGAGGAGCUGGAGCGAGUAUUCCAAGAGGACCACUACCCGGACGGGGACAAGCGCCAGGAGAUUGCGCAGACUGUGGGAGUCACCUCCCAGCGCAUCAUGGUAUGGUUCCAGAAUCGCCGGGCAAAGUGGAGAAAAGUGGAGAGACUGAACGGGAAAGAAAAGGAGGAUAAUCUGGUAGUCCCUACCCCUGCCAGCGGUCAGUGCAGCUCCACAGCAGAACUCCCACCUCCUCCCAGGCCCGUGGACACAAAGCCAGACCCUGUCCCUGCGGGGCCCCCACUGGAGACCUUCCCGGAGACCCCCAUGCUGCUGACUUCUGACCGGACUCUCACCGCCACUCGGCCCAGCGAUGGGGUGCCGAGGGCAGGGGUGACGCCCCCACUCUCCAGCCCCCCACCUGUUCGACGGACCAACCUUCCUUUUCCCUCGGGGCCUGUCCCCACUUCCCAGCUCAUGCCUCUGAGGACAGACGCGCCCCGCAAGGGCAACAGCCACACAGACGGGCCUUGUGGUUUAUGGGGGACAAGCCUCACCCCACCACCCACUGGCUCAUACCUGGAAGACUUGGAGUCUCAGGACUAUAAAGGCAGCAGUCAGCCGGGGCCCUUCCCAUUCUCUCAGCCACCGCAGAGCCAGCUCUUCCCAACCCCUCCGGCCCAGUUUCCAUACCUCCCCCCGUUUCCUUUCCCCUUCCUCACACCCAAUUCACUGGCCUUCCCACCACCACCACCACCGCUGCCACCGGAAGACUCUCUCUUUCCCUUUCCUUGUGGUCCCAGUGGGGGCCCACCGCAGAGCUACUUCCCAGGCCCCCCAUCAGGGCAGAUCUUGCUGCCACCACCGCCACCUGUUGGAAAUACAGGUGCAGCGCCUUGGAGUGACCCCUGCUUUCCAGACAUGCCCUUCUCUGGCUUGUCUUGCCCACCUGCCCUGGGAUACCCUCCUGGAGGGAAUGGCUUCCUUCCUGAUCUAUUCCUCACUCCCUGUGCUCAGACCAUGAGUACACAUCCUUCUUCAGGCCUCAAUGGGUUGCCCGAAGAAGCCAGACCAGAACCAGGGCCUUCAAUCAGCAAGGCCCACACAGAGCAGCUUCCCCCUGCCCUGGACCAGCCAGUACCUGGACAGAUGGCGAUCUACUGCUGGUUUCCUUAUGAUCCCUACAAUAGUCUGGUAGUUUACAGCAGGUGUUUGAUGGAGGAACAACGUGGAAUCGGAGUCUAUAAGGGAGAGAAGUACUGGAUGUUGGUAGUGGGCUUAUUUGGCAUAGGAAACAAUGGUGAAGUCAGGACCAGCAGAGCAUGA